AUGUGAAAGUCACAAAAUGUAAAUUAGAAUAGAAAUGAAAGUUAUUUUAAAACAGACCAUUAACCUGUGUCAUAGCCAUGGCUACAACAGAGUUUACUGCUAGCAUGAUAGAAGAUCUAACUUGUUCAAUAUGUUAUGAAAUCUUUGGAGACGUAGUUUCACUUCACUGUGGACACAACUUCUGUAGGAAAUGCGUGACAGAUUACUGGGAAUGCAGUGCAGUUCAGGAAUGUCCCAUGUGCAGGGAAAAGUCUUCAAUGGAUGACCUGAGGCCAAACUAUACUUUGAGCAGUAUUGUAAAAACAUUUCUUAAACAGCAGAGAAGUAAUUCUACAACCAGCUGCAUUGCCGUCUGCAGAAGUCAUGGGGAAAAGUUCAAACUUUAUUGUCUGGAUCACAAAAAACUAAUCUGUGAUGUCUGCCAAAACUCCCAUAUGCAUGUGAAUCACAAAACCUGUUCAAUCCAGGAAGCUGCAAAAGCUUUUAAGGAAAAACUGCAGGAUGUGAUGCAAUUCAAAUUGGAGAAGUUUUAUGAAGUUAAAGAAACAUAUGAUCUCAUCUUAGAAGAACUCCAGAAUCAGAGCCAAGCCACAGAAAAACAGAUAAAGAAGGAGUUUGAGAAGCUACACCAGUUUUUGUUCACCGAAGAAGACAUUUUCAUCUGUAACCUUAAGGAGGAGGAAGAGAAGAAAAUGCAUGCAGUGGAAGAAAAAAUUCAAAAGCUCUGCAAGGACAUCAGUGAUCUUACAGACAAAAUGGAACAGCUCAAGGAAGAUUUAGAACAAGAAGAUGUUGUCAUCCUAAUGAAUAGCGAAGCUAUCCAAGAAAGGUCGUUUGGUUCACUUGUGAUUCCUGAAGUGGAGAAUGAUACACUGAUAGAUAAAACGGAACACCUGGAAAACCUUCAGUACAGAGUCUGGAAGAACAUGUUGGAUAUCAUUAAACCAGUUCCUUUCACUCUGAAUCCCAACACAGCAAGCCAGUGGCUUGAAAUCUCAGAUGACCUGACAGCUGUGAUGUUUUCCACUCACAAGCAGAUGCCAGACAAUCCAGAGAGAUUUAAACAUUAUGACUGCGUGCAGGGGUCACAAGGCUUCUCAUCAGGAAAACACAGCUGGGAAGUAAAGUUGGGGAACAGCUUAAACUGGGAUAUCGGUGUUGCUAAGGAGACAGUGAAUAAAAAAGAAGAGCUACCAUAUAGCCCUGAAAAUGGAUUCUGGACUAUCUCACUAGUAAAUGGAUUGCAUUAUAAAGGAUGUGAUGGAUCCACAUUAUUGCUCUCACACAAACCACUCACAAUAAGGGUCUGUCUUGACUAUGAUGAAGGAAAGCUUUCAUUCUGCAAUGUAGACGACGGAGUUUUGUUCUAUACUUGUCAUGAACAAUUUAAUGAGAAACUUUUUCCAUUCUUUUAUGUUGGCUCUUGUAAGGAGGAUGUCGAAUGUGAACCAUUAGAAAUUUGUCCGCUGAAGGUGUCCAUACAAGAAAUGUAAAAAUUGGGCCUGAGAAUCACUCUUCUUCAUGUUGUUGCAACAUGUAGCAUUGAAUAAUAUAUAGGCUGUGAACUGUAUGUAGCAUAGGUCUGAAGAGCACAUUAUUACUUUAAUUAAAAGGCAAGCAGAUUGUUUAAACUGAUAAAAUACAAUAUAUUUUAAAUAAAUACUUAAC